ACAUUUACAGAAAACGUAUGGUUCAUCACUUUCGUUUCCUUUAUCUUUAUGCAGAACCGAUUUUCUUCAAAACACUUACUUUUGUGAUUUCGUUAUCUCCAAAUUCGUUUACAUGAUUAUUCGAAUCAAUCGUUUUGUAUACAAAAAUCUAUUCGGAGGGUUAAAUAAGUUGAGUUCGUGAGGUGGUCUCCGUAGAUUCAUUUUCGUGGUGUUGAUUUAAAUUCAGAAAAUGAGAAUUGGGCUGUAGCUCAUUCUUCAUCCAAUUUAAGAGCCAAUUGAAAGGAUUUUUUUUUGGGACCAACUAUCAAUUUAUAGACCGAAGAAAGAAAAACAGAGGGUUGGUACCAGAGAGGACAGCAGCCUUUGCUAAGGCAUCUGCUAGAACAUUCUCAGAACGGGGAAUAAAAGUUAAAGGAAACAUGUGAUUUCAUGGAUAUGUUAACUAACAUCAAAACAAAUUACAGCUUCACAACUUGACUUUGCACCCGGAAACAUGAAAGAGGAAUGAUUGCAAUUUGGAAUUAAAAGCAAUCGCUAUCGGAGUAAGAAGAACUGUUUGAAGGGGAUAAAUCAAAGUUUUGUGUAGUAAGUUGAGGGGAUAGGGUCCGGCGAAUAAGGAGAAGAUGACAAUGGCAGUGAGCUUAGGGAUAGUUGUCGUUCCGUCGUGUUCCGGAGAUCGCCUCUUCAGAUCUAACUUUCCGGCCGUCUGUAGCGCCUCUUGCGGACGAAUCAAUGUCGAAUCCGGCGUAAUUUCGGCUCGCCGACGCCGUGAUAUGGGCGGGUUAAUGAUUUCUAGCUGUAUCUCUUCGGAUUCUUCUUCUUCUUCGCCAUCGUCUUCCUCUGUGCCAAAGACGAAACUCUUUGUUAGUGGGCUUUCAUUCCGCACAACUGAAGAUACCUUACGGGAUACAUUUGAACAGUUUGGCAAGCUUGUACACAUGAACUUGGUGAUGGAUAAGGUAGCUAAUAGACCAAAAGGUUUUGCCUUCCUACGGUAUGACACAGAGGAGGAGGCUAUGAAAGCUAUUGAAGGGAUGCACGGAAAGUUUUUGGAUGGAAAGGUUAUAUUCGUAGAAGAAGCUAAAAGCAGAUCAGAUAUCUCCAGAGGUAAACCAAGACCAGACUACCCCAAAGCUCAACCAAAACCUCGCACCUUUCGUACGUGGUAGCUGUUUUGAUUCUGUCUUCAUACUGUGUACUGAAUUGUAAAAUUUUGAUCUACUUUUUUAGAUUAUACAAUGGAGUCACUUGUCAACUCCUACCAAGUUUUUACUAGUCUAAACUAAAAUUAACAUUUUAAAAAAUAACAUAUGCCAUGUCAAAAAAUGCAUAA